AUGUCACAGCCAUGGGAUUACAUUGCGAAGCUUGUCUGCAUCGGUGAUUCGGGCACGGGCAAGUCCAGUCUCACGAUUCGUCUCUGUGAGGGUCGAUUCUCACCGACCCACGAUGUCACCAUCGGCGUCGAAUUCGGAUCCCGAAUCGUCCCCGUAGGACCUCCUGCCUCGCAUGAGCUCGGACUCGACGACGACGGCCACAGGAACAGCAAUAAGAAUAAAGCAGCCGCGGCAGAAGACCCGACACGGCCAUCCUCCUCAUCGUCUACUUCAGCCGGCAGCGGCGGCGGUGGCGGUCUCCCAACACCACCGCGGAAAAAGCCCCAGGACAAAGAAGCUCCAGUUCAAAAGCGAAUGAAAUUGUCCCUAUGGGACACCGCCGGCCAAGAAACAUACAAGUCGAUCACGCGAUCGUAUUUCCGCGGCGCUUCAGGAGCGCUUCUCGUCUUCGACAUUUCCCGCCGAGCCACCUUUGUAUCCUGCACACAGUGGUUGCAAGAUCUGCAACAGAUUGCCGAGGAUGGGAUCGUGGUGAUUCUUGUCGGAAACAAGACCGAUCUUGCAGAUUCCAGCUCAAGCGCCAAUCAAAGACAGGUGACACAGGAGGAAGCCGAGGAAUGGUGUCGAUUAAACAAUGUCGUUCGAUACGUUGAGACGAGCGCUAAAUCCGGCAACGGUGUGGAACGGGCGUUCUUGGAAGUCGCUGAGCGGAUUUAUCGGAAUAUUGAAGCCGGGAGAUACGAUCUGAACGACCGACGGAGUGGAGUUAAAGGGUAUGGGGCCUCGGGAGGCGGUGGUGCUCACGCGGGUAUACCUCGGACGGUCACGUUGGGAAUGGAUGAUGCGAUGCGUAAAGGCAGCGGAUGGAGUGGUAAUUGCUGUUGA